CGUGACUAACUCGUUCUGACUAGCACUGUUUAAUCCCUUGGCAAAGCACGUUCCCACUAACCUGGCACGUCAUCUUCAUUGGUGUCGCUAAUUAAUAAUACCUUGCAGCAAAGCAUUGACGACCAAACCACUGGCACGAUUACCGAGAACGGCUCAUAAUACGACCGACAGUGCUUUGUCCUCAUUGGGGCCGCAUCUUGUCAUUGGGCUCUAUCAAUCCGCUUGUGGGUGAAAGACACUGUUUAUAAUGGGCGCCGAAAGAGAUAUAGACGCGGACGACCAAGGCGUUAAUCAGACUCUGAAAGACUUGUUUGCUGGAGCAACUGGUGGGAUUGCGCAGGUUCUUCUGGGCCAGCCGUUCGAUAUCGUGAAAGUACGCCUGCAGACAACGACAACGUAUAGCGGCGCACUCGAUUGUGCGACAAAGAUAUGGUCGAACGAGGGUCCAUUGGCCUUCUAUAAAGGCACGCUCACACCGUUGAUAGGCAUAGGUGCUUGUGUAUCCGUGCAAUUCGGAGGUUUCCAUUGGGCACGCCGUGCAUUCGAGCAACGGAACGUUGCGAGCGGUAAGGACGCCCAGCUAUCAUACGGCCAGUACUACCUCGCAGGUGCCUUUGCAGGCAUUGCCAAUUCGCCAUUAUCUGGACCUAUUGAGCACGUGCGCAUUCGUUUACAGACCCAACCCCAUGGAGCUGGCAGACUGUAUACCGGUCCGAUCGACUGUGUCCGGAAGCUCUCCGCCCAUCGCGGCAUCUUCGCAGGCGUCUAUCGCGGCGAGGCGGUGACGAUCCUGCGUGAAGCGCAGGCAUACGGAACCUGGUUUCUCACGUACGAGUAUCUCAUGAAUGCGGACGCAAAGCGGAACGACAUCAAACGGGAAGAAAUCAGCACGCCAAAGAUCGCCUUGUAUGGCGGUCUAGCUGGGGAAAUGCUCUGGUUAUCUAGCUAUCCAUUCGAUGUGGUGAAGAGCAAGAUGCAGAGCGAUGGCUUUGGCGAGAAGAUGAGGUACCGCAGCAUGAGAGACUGUUUCUCCCAGAUCAUGAAGACGGAAGGCCUGGGCGGGUUCUGGAAAGGCAUAGGCCCGACGUUGCUGAGAGCGAUGCCCGUGAGCGCUGGCACGUUUGCAGUAGCGGAGUUUACUACGAGGUUGAUCAACAGCUAGGCGCAGUAAGCAUGGUGGUAAAAUUGAUUAAAUGCAUUUGCAGCUUGCUUGUAGCAUUACGAUAGUAUAUCAUGAUCUGCAGACAUUAAGAAGUAUCCUAUCAUUUCCAAUGCAGGACGCAGUUCCAAAAAACUCGCGACUCCGCCUGCCGCCCUACAACAGGCCGCGCGCAACGAUGGUACUAUGCUUGGAGGACAGAUAGAUAGACUAGAUAAAUGAUAGAGCAAGCAAAUAACAUGAGAGAACUUCACGG